AUGUACUAUAAAGAUAACGAUGAAUUGUUAGUGGAACAUUUCCGACUACAAAAGGAUAUAAACGAUAUUCAAUCACAAAUAAGAAAGUUAGAAAAGACGAAUCAGUUGCUAGACCACCAGAAUGAAAAGUUGAGAUCGGAGCUGGAAAGUAAAAAUAUAAUACCAAGUCAGAUUGAGAGUAGCAACAGUGGAAUAACGAGGCUGUUGGAUAAGACGUACCUGGUGAAAACACUGAGUAAAGCAUCUGAAAUAUGUGAAGUGGCAACAGGGGAGAUAAUAAAGCAUGCCAAAUACGUGACAAACAACAUAAUCAGUAACCUAAACACAGUUACAACCCUGAAAAACAAUAUACUGAACAACAUGAAUACACACAGACAGGAUACGUGCAGAGAAAGCACUAGCAAGGAUCGAUUGCUCGUCAUGGAAAGUUUCAACGACUCGGAAAAGACGAACAGUAUGCUCGACUCAACAAUAAUAAGCAAUUUGUCAAGCAACGAGUCGCUAAUGUUGUCUGACGAGGAGUACACGCAGGUGCAUCACACAGGACAGUACCAAUAG